GGAGUAUCAUCAUGGCCAGGGGCGCUUCACUUUAAGCCAAGGAAAAUGCCUGGAUUCUUUUUCUCCCACAACAACAUGACUGAAUUAAAUGGAAAAGAAGAUUGCAAGCUUGCAAAAGGCAAAGUCCAUAAAAAGAAGCAAAAGGCUUUUGGUGCAGAUUUCAAAAGUUAUUUGAAGUGCAUGGUGCCACAUAUUGAAUCUGGGAUCAAGACUUCCAGCUCUAGAAAUGUCAUGCUUUCUGCAGAGGAAGUUAUUCAGUGGUCACAAUCUUUGGAAAAGCUCUUGGCCAGCCAAAGUGGUCAAGGCGUCUUUCGGGAGUUCCUGAAGUCAGAGUUCAGCGAGGAAAACAUUGAGUUCUGGCUGGCUUGUGAGGAUUACAAGAAAACCAAAUCUGAUCACUUACAUGGCAAAGCAGAGAGGAUUUAUGAGGAGUUUGUUCAGUCAGAUGCCAUUAAGCAGAUCAAUAUUGACUAUCAGAUGAGGGAAGCAACAGCCAAAAAGGCUCAAGACCCAACUCACACAAGUUUUGAUGAAGCCCAGAAAACAGUGUACAUACUUAUGGAAAGAGAUUCGUAUCCAAGAUUUUUAAAAUCCAAAUCCUACCUGAACCUUUUGAACCAGCUGGAAACCAACACUUCAAAGUAAAGUGUCUGAGGCACGAAGAGCCAAGUAGACUCUGUCAAAUAUCCUGUGAAGAGAUCCUCCACAGUGGUUGGAUCUUGCCAAGGAAAAUCCCUGUCUUGGGAGGAGGGGUAUGAGGGAGAUAUGAACAGCUUCACAGGCAACAGGAUGCAGGAUAAAAGCUGGUGAGGCUGUCACAAGGGUGAGAACAGCACAGGGAGAAAAUCCCCUCCUCCCACACGCCACGGAGUCAAGGCAGGAUAUGGAAACCAAGGUUUGGAACUGCACUAUGAACACUGAACCAUGUCUUAGAUCCCAAAGUACUACUGAUUGUUAGGAAGCGCAAGACUUGCGAGCUGAGCAUUGGGAAAAGAUUAUCAAGUGCAGAAGAAAAACCAGGAUGACUGACAAUUUUUGGCAUAACAAGAAAAUGCCAAGACAAUGACAUCUCUUUUUUAAAAAAAUCUGUGAAGUGUUAAUAGGUGUGAGUUCCACAAUGCUGUUGUGCUAUGUAAAUAUAUUCUAAAUUGAUGUGUCUUAAAAUCUAUAUGGUUUAAAUUAUAUAAGAUUUGUAUAAGCUGUAUUUUUAUUAAGUUGGUAUUCAACAGGCAGGUAUGUAGCAUCUUUUCUGCUUAAUUUAUUGAAAAAUAAUAAGUAACUUUUUCAUUAAAAUACAGUUUAAAAUAAAGAUUUAUAGUGUUUUUG